AUGAGUGGUGAAAGUUCAUGGUCGGCUUCCCUCAACGUUGUUGAAGGAUCUUCAGUACCAUUACAUCGCAGCCCAGAUCCAUCAACUUUUCCAAUCGCUCCUUGUACCCCUAGAAUACUCAAUGCAACUGAAUCCAGUAUAAGUGUAGCCUGGGAUUACCAAGAAGAUAAUGAUGGAAGCUUUGUUGGAUAUACUGUCGAAUAUUGGAGUCCUGAUUUACAAACCGGAUGGGUUAUAGCAGGACAUCGAAUACAGCACCCUUACAUGGUUGUCCAUGAACUAAAACCAGACAGUUCUUAUGUCUUCAUAGUGAGAGCUGAAAAUGCCCAUGGAUUAUCAGCAGCAAGUUUCGUCUCAGAUACUGCUAGAACUUUAGCCAAUACUAGGUCUCUUCCUAGAUCAGAACUUGAUACUGCAAGAACAAUACUAAGCACAAAACUUAUCGAACUCGAAGAUGCACGGCCACAGUCUUCCAGUUCUGUCAAACUGUUCUGGAGCUUCUCUGAAAGUGAUUUCGUCGAGGGAUUUUAUAUUAGGUUCAGAGAGUUCUCAGGUGGAUCACACAAUUAUAAUAUACUCACUGUCUUGAAUGUCGAAGCGGAAAUCUAUGUCGUCACAAAUUUGAAGAAAUUCACGAAAUAUGAAUUUUUCAUAUCGCCCUUCUUCAAAUCUAUAGAAGGACAACCUUCGAACUCACGUCAUGCUCAGACACAUGAAGAUAUACCUUCAGCACCACCAGACAGUAUCACAGCUGGAAUAUACAAUGAAACGGCCGGUUGGGUGAAAUGGUCAGCUCCCCCACCUCAACAUUGCAAUGGUGUUAUCAUCGGUUACAAAGUUCAAAUUAAAGGAAAUGUCAUUCGAUCUAUGACCUUGAAUGCCAGCACUACGAGUAUAUUGAUAAGUAAUCUAACUGCUGGUGGUAUAUACAAUGCUAGAGUGUCAGCAUUGACUAUUGCAGGGCAAGGUCCAUAUUCUAAUAUUAUUCCAUUACUUACGGCCUCAAGAGCUCAGAGCCCAAGAACUUUAGGUCCUUUGGUGCCACUAGUACGAAAAACAUGGUUUGUGAUACUUCUAGCAGUACUGCUAUUACUUUUACUAGCUGGAAGUGGCGGGUUACUGUAUUUGAAGAGGAGACAAUCUUUGAGCAAGCAGUUGGGGCACCUCAAUGUACCCGUAGUCAAUGCUUCUCAACUGAAUGCCAAAGAAAGCUUGUGGAUUGAUAGAGGAUGGAAAGCAAAUGAUUGUGAUAAAGAUUCCUCAGUGCCUCUUGCUGCGCCAGCAGACUAUGCUGAAGUAGACACAAAGAAUUUAUCGACUUUUUAUAACUGCAAUAAAUCAUCGGAAAACCCUUCGCCAUAUGCCACAACGAUAAUUCUUCCACCACCAAAAUGGUCAGAGAUCAUUCCACCCCCACCUAAUCAUUUACCACCGGAUUUUUCAAGAGAGAACCUGUCAGUACCGCAUUCACGAGGUUAUGGCAGUACUUGCAGCGGUAGUGCCAGUGGAUAUGGGUCUCAUGCUGUAAAUACUCCUCCCAAGUGUGGUAAAAUUCAAUACCCUAGGGUACGUUCAUGUGCUAACUGUGAUGCUCAUUGUUCGUUAGCUAGUGGAAGCUCAGGGCAUAGAUCUAGUAAUAAGGGUCAUUGUAGUGAUAUUAUUUAUAAUUGUGAUAGUAGUAAGAUUUGGUUCAACCAACAUUGGGAUGAUGGUGAUGCUGAUUGCGAGAGUGAUAGACACUCCUGCUCUAGUGGUCACAAUACCACGUGUUCAUGUAGUGAAUCAUCUUGCUUAUACGCUGAAGCUGGACCUUCUGAUAACUCACGACCUGUAGUUCUAUGCCAGCAAACGAGUGAGAGAGUUUAG